CCUCACCGUGGAGGGAUAAAACUGGCCGUACUGCCGCCCAGAGUGAGAGAUGGAGACCAAUGACCGCGCUGAGGUCUGAGAGAACCGAACAGAGCACUCUCUCCUUUGGCGGACGGAAAGUUUUCACAAAGAGGGCGCAGCAGAGUCGAGCCGAGUCUCCGAGAAGUUUUAGAGAAAGAGGAGAAAGAACAGGCGGACAGGAGGGAGGAAGGUGAGAAGACAAAGAGGACAGACAGAGAAAGAGAGAUCUUAUCUCAUCCUUCCAGUCGGAGGCUCGCGGACUCCAUCCAGCUCCUCUGCUAACAAUGUGGAGCAGCAGGGCUCUGGCCUUCCUCAUCUACGGGCUCCUCGUGCACUGCGGCGCGUGCUCUCCGCUCGGCUAUCCGAGCGCCAGGCUGGACAAUGCGGGCUAUGAAGAGGGAGAUUCAGUAGCAGAUUUGGCUUUCGACAGUGACCAGAUUGCUCUGAGCAGUCCAUCAGCCGGGGACGAUGCCUACACGUUAUAUUAUCCCUCAGAGCAAAGAAUGGAAAGGCACGCAGACGGGAUGUUUAAUAAAGCCUACAGGAAAGUCCUGGGUCAGAUAUCAGCCCGGAAAUACCUGCAUUCUCUCAUGGCAAAACGUGUAGGAGGAGGGAGUGCGAUGGAGGACAGCACGGAGCCGCUCUCCAAGCGCCACUCAGACGGGGUCUUCACAGACAGCUACAGUCGCUAUCGGAAGCAAAUGGCCGUGAAGAAGUAUCUGGCCGCAGUCCUCGGCAAAAGCCCUGAAGACUUAGAUUUGCACCAAUUUCUACAAGACAUAGACAUUGGGGCGCUCCCGGAUGGGGAUGAGUUUGAGGCAUUUAUGUGGAACUGGCUGAGGCAGUUCCCUCCCGAUCUCCCGGUGAGUUCUGUGGCUCCGGUACCAUUUAGCCCUUUUCUUUUUCGGAGGGGGUGUCUCUCACUUCCUCCCCUCUCUCUCCCGUGAAGUUUCCCCUCCCCUGUCAUCUAUCGCUUAAAUUUCACGAGCCAAACUCUUCUCCUUCCUCACCUGCUCACAACCCUCUUUGACAAUUGCAUUGACUUUCACAUCAUGGAACCUUCUCAUUUCGGGCAGAUUUAUCUCCAAACAUGAAUGGGUUCUUUGUCAUGGACAAUCAAAAUAAGAGGCGAUGCACCUCGAAGAACGCACUUGUAAUGUAUUUAGAGACCUGCAAGACAUGCCUCUGUUUGAGCCUCCGCCCAGUCUUUCUCCUCUCCCUGUAAAAGCAUGCCCAGGCACCUUAUAUAUCAUCCUUCCAAGCUGUUCUUCUCAUCUCUCUAUCCAAAAGUGUGGGAGUCUUAGCCUGUGAAUGUGUUUUAUCCAUUGACUAGAACAGUACAGUUCAGCUCUUCUGGUGGUGGGCAGUAUGUGUGAUGGUGUGUUUGUGUGUAAAUGUUUUUGUUUCUGAAGAAUCUUUGCUUGUAGGGAAUUCUACUGUUAAAACUCAGAUUUCUCUCUCCUGUUGCAAAGACACGCUGAGUAUAUUUUUAGAUUUCCAGAUUAAAGUUCUUCAUUUCUGACCAAA